AAUGAAAAUCGCAUAGGAUAGUACACGUAAUUAUUAUACCUUAAAAUAAAUAUUUAAUUGUAAAUUGUAGUUUUUUUACGUGCCAUUUACACGUAAAAUGUCUUGCCAAACUGCUCCCGGUCUGGAUUAUGUGAUGUAUUCAGUAAUUAAAAUAAAGAAGAAAUUAGGGUUUCUUAGCAACCGGAGCAAAAGAAUUCAUAUAAAAUUACCAAUAACGUAGAUCAAACGUGGGUAAAUGUUUCAAGGUGAUUCUCUAUCACAUUUAAAGAUUGCGAUCCAUUUUUGAACAAAAUUUUGUCAAGGUCAUGCGAUGAGUAAUGUAAAUAUGACGUCACUCUCGCAUUUAAUUUCUAAAAUGGCGGAAUCGUAAUAGUGGAGGUUGAGGUCGAAAGAAUAUCGGGGAUUAAAGGUUUUUUUUAAAGGAAUGUACGUUAAUUUUCGUAAGAAGAAACGAAACGUGAAGUCGUAAGGGUUCCAGUGAAAUGAACUAAAAUAAUACCAGGAAGAAUGCCAGUCGUGAGUCCCCAUCGCAGUUCGUCGUCCAGCCUGAGCAGCUCGUACAGGCCCAAAUACAGGACGUCCACGGAACGACCUUUCUACGGACGCUCCACGUCUUCGACCUCUACGAACUCCUACAGACCCACAUCAAGAUACAUCAGCAUCGAAUCCAUCCUCUCCGAUGGCACCCGCUACACCAGAUCCGUGAUCGAAGAGGGCUCCUCGAAAUACAGGGAAGAAUCUCGAGAGUCGAGCGCGAGGCGCGACUCUUUAUCGCGCGAUUCGGGCAUCAGUUCCAUCAGAGAGCACUUCUACGAGAUCGAAUACGAUGGGCCCCAGAGAGAGGGAUCGGCCACCAGAAACGAACGACUAUCUACAAGGAACGUGAUCGAUUCUUUGGCGGAAUUGCGCAACAAAUACUCGCCAGCCAACUACGUGCCUGCUUGCUUGAGAAAGAACGAAAACGUCUCUCGAUCCAAGUCCAUCAAUGACAUCGGUCUGCCUCCGUUAGAGGCGAAAGGCACCAAGAAAAAGGUAAACGGCAAAUCGGAUAGCGCCUAUACUAACAGUGUGGCAUACGCUAACAAUACUAACACCGACAAUUCGACCGAUGAGGAUGACACCAACGGGAACCGCGCCUCCGUCGCCGAUCUGUGCAAGAAAUUCGACAAGCCGACGGCGCCGGCGCAGCACGUCAAAAACGGUACCAACGGCUCGGCCAAUAGGCAGCCGGAGACGCGGAGCAAGCCGGUCGAGGCGACCAAUGGCGCGCGGGCGCGGAGCGAAGCCAGAAGAUCUAGUAGCAAUGCUUCUGUCAACAAGAAAAGUGACAGUUUCAACACUAAAAGUCAAAAUAACACUGAUGUUUUGCAGUCAAAUUCUAAAUUGGAAGUAAACGAAGAGGCGGUGAUCAGAAAUGGGUCAGAAAUCGAUAGGGAGGACGCCGUUGUAGAUGAUUCGAGUGAUUUGAUCGCCCCGUCGAGGAUUAAUAAUUAUUCUUCGUACGUUAGCGUUUCCGCCAAAGAUUUUCAAAAGGGGGAUGAUAUUGAGAGCAUCCAGACGGACGCUAAAGGGAAUCCUGCUAAAAAUGAUAUGGAUAACAAGGAAAAUUACAUUAGCAAAAUGAUACAAACUAGCGAUCUAUCGACGUCACCGAAAUUGACCAGAACAGCCAUCUCACCGUCGAAUUCGAUACAGAGCAGCCUCAAUUCCAGCACCCUAUCGCGUCGUUCGAGCGAAAGAGACAGGGAGAGCAGACAUCGCAUAAGAGAGUAUUCGGAUGAUGAUAGCGGCGGCGAAAGGGCCGUUACAAUUAGCAAUUACGGCGCCAAUAUCAGGUCCUCGGAUUAUGCUUCGGGCGGCAAAUGCACGGGUCUCAACGGCCUCAAGAACAUCGGUAAUACGUGUUUCAUGAACAGCGUUAUCCAGUGCUUGUCCAACACCAGAUGGUUGUUGGAGUACUUGCGCAAGGACGUUUAUCUGAGGGACAUCAACACCAGUAUAUCGAGCAUGAAGGGGUCGUUGAUCAAAGCAUUUGCUGAGGUUAUAAGAGAACUGUGGUCGGAGGAUUGCAUGGAUAGAGUGGUGAACACGACGUCGUUGAAAGGGCAAAUACAACGGUUCGCUCCUCGUUUUAUCGGUUAUUCGCAACAGGACGCCCAGGAGUUUCUCAGGUAUCUUUUGGAGGGCCUCCACGAAGACGUCAACAGAGUCAUGGAGAAACCGAAGCCGAUUUUGACGGAAAUUGACGAAAAAUUGAGCGAUAACGACAAAGCGCAAGAGGCUUGGAGAAGAUACCUGCGAAUGGACAAUUCGAAAAUCGUGGAUCAUUUCGUCGGUCAAUUGAAAUCGACGUUGAAAUGCACCUAUUGCGGACAUUGCUCCGUGACGUUCGAUCCGUUUUGGGAUUUGUCCCUGCCCAUACCGCAGAGGACCGGUCAAUUGAGGUUGUCGCAAUGUUUGGAUAGUUUCACGCGCGAGGAGACUUUAGAUGGCGAUGAAAAACCGACUUGUUCGAAGUGCAAAGAAAGACGAAGGUGCACGAAAUCGUUUUCGAUACACAAAUUCCCCAAAGUGCUGGUCAUUCAUUUGAAGCGUUUCUCUCCCACCGAGAGAUUCAGAGGCAAAUUGAACGUGACCGUCGAUUUUCCGUUGGAGGACCUUGACAUGAGCCAAUACGCUGCAGACAACGUUGCUACUAGCCGAUAUAAUUUGUACGCCAUUUCGAAUCACAGCGGUACAGCUUUUAGUGGACAUUACACGGCGUACUGUCGGCAUCCUUACACUGGACAAUGGCACGAAUAUAACGAUUCUAGAGUUUCACCGAUAUCUCCCAGAUCAUUAGUCAGUGGGGAAGCUUAUGUCCUUUUCUACGAACAAGAGGGUACAAAGUCCCACCUUUAAGUCAAUAACAGUAACGCUAGUUUUUUAACGGGAUACUUUUCGAACCAAGGCUUUAUUUGGUUUCCGCAAAAUUUAUUUAUACACUCGAAAAUGGAUUAUUUAUAUACUUCUCCCCUGUGAAAAUUUUAUGUAUUUAUAAUUUUGUUUAAUAUAAAAUCUUAACCACGUUGUCCAUCAGAAAAUUGUGUUAUUUUUAACGUUGAAAUGAAUAAUUUUAUUGACUGAAGUGAUGAUUAACGGUUUAUUUGUAUCGGAACGAUUCAACACUAUAUGUAUACAAAUUGUUGCCUUUUUAUUUUGUAUUUAUAUUUAUUAUAUAUAGAGGGUGUAACUGAAUAACGGCGGGCAUAUUUUUGCCGUGUUAAUUUCAUACAAUUUUACAUUAUUUCAGAUUGCUUCAUUAAUAUUCAUCACCGAAUUUAAGUGGCUUUUAAAUUCACCAUCGUCAUUCAGUUACCUUGCCCAUUGUUUUGUCCAGUUAUGCAGUGAAUAUGAAUAUUUGUUUUUUAUGCGUCUAGUCUGUUUUUAUUGUACAAGUUAUGCAACACAAGUUGAAAUGUGAACAUUUCGAUUUGUUUUGGGCACUUAGAGAAAAUUCGAAAAUCAUUUAGAGAAGAGCUGUAGAUUGAUAUUAUUACGUACUUAUUUAUUACCAAAUCGUUGAUAUUUUAGACAGAAUUAUUAAUUUUUGGAAUUUAUUUAUUUUGUAUACUUCGUCCAGUUUCAAUAUUUUAUUAACUAUAUUAUGCAGGGUGUUUAAAAAAAAAUUGGUAAUCUAGGUAGUGCCGAUUCAUAAAUUAAGGAGUUAUUCGAUAAAAUAAUACUCAUUUCCAGUAG